CGGAGCUGGCCGCUGCGAUCGCGUCCGCUGCGCCGCUCCGAGGGCCGCCGCCGCCGCCGGACUGACCAUGGACGAUACGCUGUUCCAGCUGAAGUUCACAGCAAAGCAGCUGGAGAAGCUGGCCAAGAAGGCGGAGAAGGACGCCAAGGCUGAGCAGGCCAGGGUGAAGAAGGCCCUGCAGCAGAAAAACGUGGAGUGUGCCAGAGUGUAUGCUGAGAAUGCCAUCCGCAAAAAGAACGAAGGCGUGAACUGGCUCCGCAUGGCGUCCCGGGUGGACGCCGUGGCCUCCAAGGUGCAGACAGCUGUGACCAUGAAGGGGGUGACCAAGAACAUGGCACAGGUGACCAAAGCCCUGGAUAAGGCCCUGAGCACCAUGGACCUGCAGAAGGUCUCUGCUGUGAUGGACAGGUUCGAGCAGCAGGUGCAGAACCUGGAUGUACACACGUCGGUGAUGGAGGACUCCAUGAGCUCGGCCACCACGCUGACCACGCCUCAGGAGCAGGUCGACAGCCUCAUUGUGCAGAUUGCCGAGGAGAACGGGCUGGAGGUCCUGGACCAGCUCAGCCAGCUGCCCGAGGGUGCCUCUGCCGUGGGGGAGAGCUCCAUGCGCAGCCAGGAGGACCAGCUGUCGCGGAGGUUGGCCGCCUUGAGGAAUUAGCCAAGCCCUCCUGGUACACCGCCCCGCUGCUCCCCACUGCGUCUUGCCUUCUGCCGGGCGACAGCCCCGCCUCUCAGCUGCUGUCACCUCCCAGGCCUCCACAGCCUUGGAACCCUCCUGUUCUCUGCGGUCGGGCGGUGCGUCUUCGCCAGUGCUGUUUGCACAGUUGUGUGGGGGUGACUGUGGCUCUGGGCCAGCACAGGGACACUGGUAGGGUUCCCCUCUGCCUCUGAGAACUCCAGCCUAGCACCGUGGCAUGGGUUAGAGACCUGCUGCUGCCGCCAGGCAGCUCCCAGAGGCCUCUCCUCCCCUGAGGCAGACAGAGUCCCUGUCUUGUGCACAGACCUGGCCCUGAGGUGGUGCCAGUGGCCUGUGUGUGAGCCGGCGGCAUCAGGGCCACAGCCCGUUCUGGGGGCCUGGCAGACGGUGGCCCCUCAUCCAUCGUUCCAGGGGUGGGGUCUGGGCCACGACUGCAGCUGGGCCUCACCUGGCCUCCUGCCCUUGGCUCUCCUGGUCCUCCAAGGUGUCCAGGCCACAGGGGCAGGACCACCAUCCACCUCCAGGUCCUUGUGCUGAGGCUGCCUCUGGAGGUGCCCGGAGCCCCGGCCUCUCUGUCCAAACAGCAGCAGUGCCACACCUUUGCCUGGGGCUCUUCACGCCUCAGGGUGAUGCCACCUGUGGUCACCUGCUCGGAUCACUACAGAUAGCGCGGGUGCCGCCCCUCCUUCCCUCUGAGCGUGGAAUCCAGAGUGGCUGGUGAAGGGAGCUUCGGCUUGGCCAGCGGUGGCAGCUCUGAGGACGACGUGCUGCCAUGUCCUGCGGGAGAAGCCUGGGCCGCGCGCUGGCACUUGCUGGGAGGGCUUGGGAGGGCUUUGGGCAGAGGCUGCUGUUUCUUUUGUUUCCUAAAGUUCACUUCGUGUCUUUGAAGCUCACGGGACUUUUGGUUUUUGUUUUUUUUUGCCAAGUAGAAAGCAGCCUGCAGGUGGGGUGUUGGGUCCGAGCCCCCUCGCUGUGACCAGUGCUUUCCGCGCUGCUACAGACGGAGGCUGACUUUCGCUGCGCUGCAGUCAGACCCUUACCUGGCCACUGUGUCCAGUCCUCCCGGAUCUGGACUUGGGGGCCCUGGGGUUUGCAGUAGGGAGCUCAUGUUGAGGCGAGGGCAGCAUGCGUGGGGCCUGGAGUUGGGGGGUCUAGGCAAUGUCAGGCCAUGGGCUCCCCCAAGUUAACCCACUGCUGUGUGUGAAGGGGGUGCUGAUGGCCCCUGUUCUCAGGGAGCUUCCUCGGCCCCCAGGGUACAGAGUGCAGUGCAGAGGAGCCAGGGCCCAGGCCAGGUCCGGCAGGGAGAAGGGCACGACUUCCCAUUUGUUCAACACUGUUGGAAGUAAACGGAUGGACCCCUGAAAACUCGUUCUCAAGCUGUGCUCUGGUGCUUCGGGUGGGGCUGGGAAGUGGUGAGUGCCGCCCACCCCGGGGCUCGGGGUGGACGCUGAGAGAACGCACACUCCCAGGCCCCGCCUGGCCGAGCAUUUCUGUGUCUUCGUUUAUUUGAGAGACAGAACCUCCAUGUGCUGGUUCACUCCCCAGAUGUCCACAAUGGCCAGGACUAGGCCAAGGAGCUGAAAUUCAGUCCCGGUCUCCGUGUGGGUGGCAGUGACCCAACUACCUGAACCGUCACCUGCCGCCUCUUGGCCACACAAUCCAAGAAAGGCAUCGGGAGCUGCAGCCAGGAAUAAAGCCAGGCGCUCCAGGACCGGACUGGGCCAGAGGCCUGCCCCAGAGUUAAGUUUUACUUUGAAAUAAUUUAAACUUGGUACACGGCUUCUGCUCACCUCCCAUCUGUCCCGAACUUGAACUUCCUAGUUACCCACAGCACAUGCCCUGACUGUAACGGCCAGGUUCACCGUGUAGCUGCUCGCUCAGGACAGACCAGGACGCUGUGUCGUGACAGGGCCCUGAGCCCUGCUCCCAGCAUCUUCCCAGGAUUUAUGCUGCGUUUCCUCAAGCCUCCUGAUGUCCCCCAGCUUGUGGCCAUCCUCCCUUUUCUUGGAACAUGCUGGCCAGUUGAUUGGCACGACGCCCCUCACCUUGGGUGACGGGGUGAGACCCAGGCAUGCAGGGUCACUGCUUGGCGCUGGUCACUGCCCUCGCCUCACGGGCCGGGGGGCCUCUCCAGCACUUCUCUGUACAGCCACCGUCGUCCCUUUCCUUAGCGUCUUGUGGAAGGGGCGCGUGGCCACACUGCCGCGUGCUCACGUUGGUUUGCCAGCUGCCGUUCCCGUAUUGGGUGCACAGGCUGCAGCAGUGCUGGGCACCCUCCACUCCAUGGGAUGCUGGGCUCCUCCUGCUCUCCCGGCCCCGGCCUGGUUCCUUCUAGUGGGGAAAGGAUUUCAGAAGCCGGGAUCUGGGUGUGAAGCGUGCUUCCUGGCACUUUGUGUCACUGCUGGCAGACCCUCGGCACGUGGCCUGGGCGACCACAUCUGCGACCUCCACGCACUCCCCUCGGUGUGUGUGGUCCUGCAGGUGCACUAACUCCCCCUCAGACUGGCCUCUGCCCGUUUACUUUGUGCACAAAGUGGUUUCAGAAGUGCAGCCUCUGGCCGGUGCCGCGGCUCAACAGGCUAAUCCUCCACCUUGCGGCGCCGGCACACCGGGUUCUAGUCCCGGACGGGGCGCCGGAUUCUAUCCUGGUUGCCCCUCCUCCAGGCCAGCUCUCUGCUAUGGCCCGGGAGUGCAGUGGAGGAUGGCCCAAGUGCUUGGGCCCUGCACCCGCAUGGGAGACCAGGAGAAGCACGUGGCUCCUGGCUUCAGAUCAGCGAGAUGCGCCGGCCGCAGCGGCCAUUGGAGGGUGAACCAACAGAAGGAAGACCUUUCUCUCUCUCUCUCACUAUCCACUCUGCCUGUCAAAAAAAAUAAGUAAAUU